UCUUGGAAACAAAAAUCAACAGAUCAAAAACAAAUGGGAAAUUGUCUAAAGCCUUUCAAAGAACAAACUCCUUCGAUCUCUCCCAAUCCUCCUAGUCUUAUCAUCCCACCAAUUUCAGAACCAGAAAAAAACGAGAGCCUGAGAAUCUUCAGCUUGGCGGAGCUGAAGAAAGCAACGAAGAAAUUCAGACAAGACAGGGUCGUAAUUGUCAAUAAUAGUUAUUUUCGAACAUUCUAUAAAGGCUACAUCGAUGAGACCACAUUUGCUCCGUCAAGAAAUGGAACCGGAAUCGCUGUUUCUGUCAUGGAAUGUCUUCAAGAUAGUUCCCAGGCAGAAUGGACGGAAGAAGUGAGAUCCCUAGGAGAGAUUUCUCAUCCAAACUUGGCCAAACUCUUAGGUUACUGUUGUGAAGAUAACAAAUCCUUCUUGGUUUUCGAAUACUUCCACAAAGGAAGUCUGGACAGUCACAUUUUCGGAAAAGAAGAACAAGAAGAAGCAUUGCCUUGGGAAACACGGAUUAAGGUAGCCAUUGGAACAGCUCAAGGUCUUGCCUUUCUCCAUUCGGUCAAGAACAAAGCGUUAUAUCGAGAAAUCGGAAUGCAUAACAUUUUUCUUGACGAGCAAUACAAUGCGAAAUUGUUUUAUGUUGGAUCAAACAAACUACAUUUGUUAGAAGAAAGUAUCACGACGGCAUUCAUUGGAAGAACUGAUUACACACCUCCUGAAUAUGCAAUCUCAGGUCAUUUGUGCAUGAAGAGCGAUGUCUAUACAUUUGGUGUGAUCUUGCUUGAAAUCUUAACUGGUUUGAAAGCUUUAGAUAGAGAAACCAAAGAGAAAAAAGGUGUCAUGUGGACUAAACCUUUCUUGUCCGAUAAGAACAAAAUCCUGGAAAUGAUGGAUCCUCAACUUGGAGACGAUUAUCCCGUUAAUGCGGCGAUACAAAUGGGCAAACUCAUCAAAAGAUGCAUCAAAUUGGACGCGAAGAAACGACCAUCGAUGCAACAAGUUUUGGAUGGUUUGAAUGAUAUUGCAGUGAUCAAGGAUUGAUGUUAUAUUUGACAUUGAAAAAGUUUUAGAGUUUAUUUUGUAAUCAUUAAAAAGAAAUGUCUUUCCAAUCUUUUUCAACUUCAUCCUCUCCAAUAGCAAGUUAAUGGUCUUUUU